CAAAACUUCGAGAUGGGCCCCGCGCAUUCAUCAGCCUUGUUGCAUGAUUUAGUUCGUCGUCUGAAGUCUUCUCCGAAAUUCACGAGGGCCACCAGAGUGGGCUUCAUUUGGAUACGGUGAUGGAUAAGGAUUGCUCUUCAUUUGCGCGCAUUUGCGGGAAUUGGCAGAAGUUCAGCUGAAGGGGGUUUGUCAGGUUAGAACUUGCGAGUAAGUUAGGUUUUGGGAGGACUUUUUACAAAUCUGUUUGUGAUGAACCGCGCGCUGUCAAGUGUUAUUGUCGGGGGAGGAGAGUAUGGUGAGAUGUGGUCAUCGAAUUUGAUAUUUAGGGCUUGUGCGUUUAGGGGUUUUUGUAUUGUGGGUGGUGGAAUGUCAAUGUAGGGGAGGGGAUCGGAGGGAGAGAAUGGAGCAGCGGAGGAGGAGAGAGCUGGCUUUAGUUGUGCUGGGAGUUGUGUUGCACUCCUUGUACAUGCUGAGCAUUUUUGAUAUCUACUUCAAGUCGCCAAUUGUGAGCGGGAUGAACCCGGAGCCGCUCGGAAUAAAGCCUCCUGCGAAUCGGGUCGUUCUCUUUAUCGCCGAUGGGAUGCGAGCCGAUAAAUUUUUCGAAAGGGACAGGGAUGGGCAACCCCGAGCUCCGUUUCUGCACAAUAUUAUGCACAAUAAAGGUCGGUGGGGCCUUUCUCAUGCAAGGCCGCCAACUGAAUCACGCCCAGGACAUGUUGCAAUUAUCGCUGGGUUUUAUGAAGACCCUAGUGCUGUCACAAAAGGUUGGAAGGCAAAUCCGGUAGAGUUUGAUUCAGUUUUUAAUAGGAGCAGACACACAGUUGCAUUUGGAAGUCCGGAUAUUGUGCCUAUCUUUUGUUCGGCAUUGCCCCACACUUAUACGGAUUCAUACUCAACUGAGUUUGAAGAUUUUGCCACUGAUGCAUCCUUCCUUGACGAAUGGGCUUUCGACCGACUGGAAAGAUUUCUUAAAGAAUCACAAUCGGAUCCUAAAAUCCAGAAAGAUAUCAAGGACGAUGGUCUGAUUAUAUUCCUGCACUUACUUGGGUGUGACACAAAUGGGCAUGCUCACCGACCGUACUCGGACAUUUACCUAAACAAUAUCAACCUUGUGGAUCGUGGUAUUGAAAGCACUGUGAAGCUCAUUGAGGAAUACUUCCCCGAUGGGAAAACUGCUUAUGUGUUCACGUCUGACCAUGGCAUGAGCAAUAAAGGUAGUCAUGGGGAUGGAGAUCCACAAAAUACAGAGACCCCUAUUGUUGUAUGGGGAUCAGGUGUUCGUGGACCUGAAAUGGCAAGCCCCGAAGAUGAUGUGGAUGACGGUUUACUCUUUGUUGAUCAACAUAGACAUCAUGAAAAUACUCCUGCCUCUUGGGGUCUAAAGCACAUAGAACGUACCGACAUCAACCAGGGAGACAUUGCACCACUUAUGUCGACACUUCUUGGACUUCCAUGUCCUCUCAAUUCAGUUGGAACGUUGCCAGUCGAGUUUUUGGCACUUGACAAGAGGGAUCAGGCGAGAGCUAUGUUCGGCAACGCGAAACAAGUGCUUGACCAGGUUCUCCGCAAGUCACAGCUCAAACAAGCAACAUCACUCUUUUUCAAACCGUUCAUGCCGCUGGUGGAGUAUGAGUCCAUGCUUGCCUCCAUCGACCAGUUAGUAUCCAGCGGCCAGUUUGAAUCUGCCUUGGAAUCAGCUCAGGAGCUUAUCAAGGUUGCUCUCGAAGGCUUACACUAUUUCCAGACUUACGACUGGCUAUUUCUCAUGUCAACAGUCAUCAUGGGGUACCUGGGCUGGAUGGUGUAUGUAUUCCUUCAUAUAUUGGAAACAUACACCAAAUUUCCUCUGUAUUCACAUCGAAAGGCUCAGCGCGUAACAGGUAGAGAAUCCGGCAAAAGAAUGGUGCGUCUGUCAGGGGGACUGUUGAUGGGAGCAUGCUCUCUUCUACUUUUGUUUGAGAGAGCCCCACCUUUAUACCAUGCCUACCUCGGUUUAGCCAUGUUUUUUUGGACAGAAAUAUUUGCACACUUCAGACUUUUGCAAAAUGUUGGAAGUGUGAUUCAGACAACUAAAUUUUCUUGGUUUCAACAAGUCAUCAUCACAUCGGUUAUUUCCUUCAUUGUUCUGGAGCUUUUGGUGGCAAGUUUUUUUAUAAGGGAAGUAUACACAGGAAUAUUCUCGGUCGCGGGAGUUGUAGGUGCAGUUGUGGUCUCUUGUAACAUGCGAGAUUUAUCCAUGGUUCCUGCAUUUGUAUGGGCCUCCUGUUGGUUUUUAUCAGCAUUUACAAUGAUGCCGACACAGAUUGCGGACAAUACGGCUCUGGUGGUGGGAAGCGGAAUAUUGGUGGUUAUGGUUGCCAGUAUCGGUCGGUGGCUUGACUACAUUAACGCCUCCGAUCCUUAUUGGAAGUUAAAAUUCUGUACGACUGCUUCCAAGUUGGAUAAGUCUUGGUUAUUAUUAUGUAUUCAGGUUUUACUGGUAUUGGCAUCAUCGGGCAUGGUUUGGGUUACUACAUCUUACCGAGCACAAAAGAAAGGCCUUCCCUUUAUCCAUCAGGCCAUUAACUGGUUCCUAGCAGGAUUCUCUAUGCUACUGCCUUUGAAAUCGCCUCGAGGAAUACUCCCUCGACUGCUAUCCAUAUUCCUUGGCUUUGCCCCACUUUUCCUACUCCUUUCCAUUGGGUACGAAGCUCUAUUCUAUACUGCGCUUGAAUUGGUCCUCUUCUCGUGGAUUCUUGUAGAAUCUGCGAUAUGUCAUUCUGUUGUGCCAAGCUCAUCUCCAAAAUGGGAAAGGCUGAACUCCAACUACCUACCGGAGUCCACAGGCAGGCAGUCUUCGAAUUCUGCACUCUGCAGCAUUGAGCUUCACCACACCAGGGUUGCGCUCUGCUUUCUUGUGUUGAUCAACGUUGCAUUUUUUGGAACUGGGAACAUGGCUAGCGUAGCCAGUUUUGAAAUCUCUUCAGUAUAUCGGUUUAUUACAAUUUUUGAUCCUUUCAUUAUGGGAGCACUUUUGCUGUGCAAGAUCUUUGUUCCAUUCAUUCUUGUCACAAAAUGUUCUCACGUAGCUGUGGAUCUCAACUGCAGAUGUGCGUUCAGUGCAGUCACAAGGAUACUCGAGCUUCCACGACUUGGUUGCUACUUCGUUGUUUUGUUACUCUCUGAUGUCAUGACAAUCCACUUCUUUUUUCUUGUCAAGAAUACAGGGAGUUGGAUGGACAUUGGACAGAGCAUAAGUCACUUUGGGAUUAUGAGUGCCCAAGUAGUAUUUGUGUUGAUUCUUUUUGCUUUGUCUAGUGUUUUUACCCAUGAUCUGGACCUGUUGUCCAGUGAGCAACGCUCCUCUUUAGCACGAUUACAGACUUCAAAUGAUCAUAAGUACCAUUAAUUUUAUUUUAUUUUACUAGGUCAUGGUUCGGAUGUAUAUAUUCUCUUUAUCUUCUUAUGACUUUGUCAUGAACGUAGCCAGUCUUAGUAGAGCCUAGUUCUAAUGAAUUUUCCUUGAAAUUGAAAUUAGGCAGAAAAUGAGGUCAGUUCUCAAUGAAAACGUCGACUUACUUCGCCUCCAUUUUAACUUAAA